AUGUCCACGACGAUCGACUUUGUCCUGGACACCGGUGCCGGCGCCCACAUCGUAAAGGACGCCGGCCUACUUGUGAAUAUCCGCCCUGUACGACCAACAUCAUUUUGUGCAGCCUCUGAAGACUCUUCCUUUGUAUGCAGGAAGGUCGGUGAUAUGUACAUCGAGACCGACAAAGGUCGAAUUGUGAUUGAACACGUAUACUACGCGCCAAGGAUUGUCAACAAUCUUCUCUCCUAUGGUCGCCUCAAGACCAAGGGAUGGGAAUGUGACAAGGCCUUUACCAUCCUUAACUUCUCCGACCCCCCUGUAUUCUCUACUCCAGUCCUCUGGAAAGAUAAUGUAUCCCACAUCAACCUGUCGGUGAUGCGCACUCGCACGACACUCAUCCUCAAUACCACCCUCGACGCCGAUGCGCCCAAGACCCCCAAGUGGCCUCACAGCAUCUUCGAACCGGUGUACCCGAAGUCUCCCCUGCAACGGAUCCACGAACAGACCUCCCACACUUCCCGUACGGCACUCAUCCGACUCGCAAGACAGGGGGAGAUUGCCAUGACAGCCAAGGCCGCCAUGGAGGAUCCUUUCAGGGUGACUCACUGCAAUGCCUGCAUGUCGGGUCUGAUUAAACCCAUUCCGGACGCCAAAGGCUACACACCGCGCGGUACAUCUCUUCAAAACGAGAUGCUACACUUUGACCUUGGUGGCCCCUUUCCUCUUUCGGAGGCUGGCGACGGCGAGAUGGUCUUCUUCUGGAAGAUGGACUUCACCAACAUCGGUGGCGCAGAGAAGAUCCCGUCCAAGAAGGCUAAACACGUUGCCUCGAUGCUCAAGAAGAUCGUGAUCCGUGCCCAGCGACAGGGGAUCAACAUCGUCCGGGUCCGAUCGGACAACGAACUCCUCAACAACAUGGUUGCGGGCUUCUGCGACUCUGUCGGCAUCGACCACCAAACUUCCCCACCCUAUGAGCACAAGUACAACGGCGUGGCGGAAACAUGGGUGGGCAUCGUGAAAGCCAGGGCUCGAACUCUGCUCCUCUCUACACUCCUCGGCCACCAGUUCUGGGAGUACGCCAUCCGCUAUGCAGUCGCCGCGAUAAACAAGACUUCAACCUCGGGCGUACCGGGCAAGACUCCAUGGCAACUGUGGACGGACAGACGGCCUCAGGUGGACAGGAUGCUGGAAUUCGGCAAGUUUGUCUACGUGUACGUAUCUGAGGAGUCGGGUCGACGACUGAAGAACCGACUGGACCAACCAAUCGGCCAGCUUGGCCGCGUCAUCGGCAUGCCGGUUACUACAACCGGGUUCGAGGUGAGACUCGAGGUGAAUGGAGUGAUCGUGACCUCGGCCAACAUUGUGGUGGCACCCACGAUCCCCAUCAGCACACCUCUCACCAUCAUCCAGAACAAACCGCCGAAGGCUCCAAGGUCCGGCCUCCUUCCAGACCGGCCCCAGAUCGAUCCGAUCGGUCUUGAGGACACGGAGUAUCUCAAGGCCCACCCCCACCUGCGCACCUUCCUGGAGGCGAGGACUAAGCCACGCCCCUCGGCGCCGAGACGUCCCGUAGACCCUUCCAUGAUGAUCCGGGACCAGUCCCUGCCCCGUGACAGUCCGCAACCCUCCCCGAUAGCGGACUCAGCGGCGGCCCCGGCACCUGAACAUCGUGACCAGCGAGGACUACUCGACGACGGUGACGAGGACGUGCGCCAGCUCCAACCUCCCCUCGAACCGGCACAACCGCAGGACGAGGUUCACACUUCGGGACCAUCCACCCCGAAGCCUACCCCACGCGCGACUCCGGGCACGGUGCCACCUGUGACGCCCAAGAAGGAGCCUACCUCGAAGCGUCACUCCGACCUGAACGAACGUGCUCAGGGGGAGCCCUACAACCUCAGGACACGACCCGUUCCGGCCCCGGACUUCAACAGAACGGUGUCGGCGGGCCCGACAGCUUCCAAGAAGCCCAAGCGCAAGACGACCACCCAGAAGACCGCGAUUUCCCGACGGGAGAAAGGGCCAGGGUUGAACUACACGGAACCCACCGUCCUGACGACCCCAGGAGAUCGACGCCUUCCUUACCGACUAUGCGCCGUUGGUGCAAGCAUAGCCCAGACAACAAGGCCGACCCCGGUACCACGUUCCCUCCCGGAGGCGCUUCGCUCCCCCUCAGCACCCCAAUGGAAGGAAGCCCUCGACCGCGAGCUGAACCAACUCGAGGAGAAGGGAACAUGGGAGGAAGUCGUACCACCUGACGGUGCCAAGAUCAUUGGCAGCAAGGUCGUCUUCGACCUCAAGACGAACGAGAAGGGCGACGUCAUCGGCCACAAGGCUCGCGUGGUUGCCAGAGGUGACUGCCAGGACUUCAUCCACGACUCCUUCAAUGGCGUCGUCCGUAUGGCAUCGAUCCGCGCCCUCAUGGCUAUCGCCGCCGCUGAGGACCUGGAGAUCCACCAGGCCGACAUCAUUGGCGCCUACCUCAACGGGGUACUCGAGGACAAGAACAUCUACAUGAAAUUCCCCCCAGGGUAUGUGAAGACUGACCCCCGGGCAACCUGCCUCCGCCUGAUCAUGACCAUUUAUGGUCUCCGCGAAAGUGGCAAGAUCUGGGGGAGGGCGAUCGCUGGCCAACUCGUCAAACAGGGCUUCACUAUCCUGUCCAAGGACAAAGGCCUGUACGCGAAGAUCCUCGACGACGGCACACGCAUGAUCAUUGCGCUGUUCGUCGACGAUAUGAUGAUAGCCGCGAAGAGAGCUGCCGCGAUCACGGCCUUCCUCGACGUGCUCCACCAAGUCUACCCCCUCAAGCGGUUGGGCGAAGUGCGACACCUGCUCGGCAUGACCAUCACCCGCGACAGGCCGGCCAGGACGAUAUCCAUUUCACUCGAACCCUAUAUUCGUGAGGUGGCUGCGAGAUUCCCCGACCUCGACACGCGGUAUGGACGAUUCACUCCGCUCCCCCACCAGUUGGACCAGCUAUCCGACCACGAGUCGCUCAACAACAUAAAAGCGACACGCAAGUACCAGGCGAUAGUCGGUUCCAUCAUGUGGGCCUCGAACACCGCCAGACCGGACAUCCAGUUCGCGUCAGGCUGGCUGGCAACUGCCCUGAACAACCCAUCAGCGUAUCACAUGAGCAUGGCGUACAGGGUCCUCGCCCACCUCUACAACACCAAGGACUAUGUCUUGACGCUGGGUGGAGCAUCCAAGCCCCUCCGCGCAUACACGGACGCAGCCCACGCGGACGCACCUGGCAGUCGGUCAACAGAGGGAUCACUCAUCUUCCUCGGACCAUCUCUGGUCGAGUGGCGUUCUAAGCGACAGCGCGUGGUGGCCAAGUCAACGAUGGAGUCCGAGUACAUCGCGGCCUCCGAGGCCACUGCCGACGUUCAGUACUGGCGACAGUGGCUCCGCGACAUCGGCCAACCUGCCGCGACCCCGAUCGAGCUCUUCAUAGACAACAUGAGCGCGAAGCAGUUCGCCGAGAACGAGAAGAUGAAGCGCAACACCCGACACAUCGACAUUGCCAAACACCACAUCAAACAGUACCUUGAAGACAACAGCUUGAAACUUCAACACGUCUCGUCGGCUGACCAACUCGCCGACAUCAUGACCAAGUCCCUUCCGCCAGCAACCCAUGAGACCAUCAGGACACGGCUCAACGUCCUCCCUCCGCCGUAG